UACUGUGACAAGGACAUCGCGCCAGGAACGAUUUUCGAAUCUUCCUCAAAUAAGAUGAUACUCUACUUCGAAUCUCGAACAUACUGGCUUAAGGGAUGGUCUGCUAAUAUCAAGUUCAUACCCAUACCCGGAUGUGGUGGUCCCACACCAGAUGCCACCUGCAUACGAGAAGAUAUUAGUGCUACCGAAGUACAAUGGACUUCUCCCCUCUUUGGACAAAGCAACUAUCCUGAUUGAUAUGAAUUGUUCUCUCACUUUAACUUCUACUGAGCCAGCAUGGGCUAAAAUUACCUUCAACAGCUUCACAUUAGAAACUGGGUGUGGAGAUUACGUCUCAUUUACAAAACCUUACAACUUUGGAGAAGCAAAGCUCUGUGAUACCCAGAAUGGAGAGAUAAUGCUUCCCUCAUUCAAUUCUGUUGGGACGUUCUUCAGCAAUGCAGCUACCAACGCAGCUGGAUUCGACCUGACCGUUACCAAAAUGACCUCGAGUUGUCACAAGGUCAUCACCCUCACAAUUGGUAGCAGUUCUACUCUAGAAACUCCCUCUGUUGGUAGCAACAUGUGGACACGUAACGCUUGUGAAUGGUGGAUCACAUCCCCAGCUGGUACAAAAAUCCAGCUGAAGUCCUCAAAGUUGUUGGUCAGGAACUGUAAUUCGGAGGGAGUCCUCGUCAACCAAAAUGGAGACUCUUCUUACCCUACAGCAUCCACUAGCGCUAUCUGUGGGAGGUCUGCCAGUUUACAGACCACAAGCAAUGGAAACAAGAUGGCCGUGCUGUUUUAUAGCAACAGGGCCAGGAGCGGCAUGGUAGCAGUUGCAACUGUUGUUGCAGCCUAAGGAAUAACAAAGUGAAUAAAUGUCUUGGUCCUGUAAGGCUCUCUGCACUUUAUCAUCACAGAACAUCAAAUUCUAGUCAUCCAUGAAUAUAAAGAAAAAUUAUUCUUUUUCAGGGUAAUGUCUUCUUUGAUCUUUGAUUACAAAGCUCGUGUUUACUUCUAAAUAACCAUUAGGAAAUAAAACAAAGUCUACUUCCAAGAACAUUAAGAAUAGAUUCACCAAACCUGGCAGAUAAUAUGAUGUUUUGUCUUUAUAUCAACAUAAAUGUUUCAAUGAAUUAUCAGUAUGGAAUAAGACUUAAGAAUAACGUAAUGAGUGAAGGUACUAGAGCAAACUUUUUGACUUGCAUAUUUUGAGUGGCAGUAGAACUGGGUAUUUUAUUAAGAUGUACCUGACUAGUAGCCUUAAAACUGCAGGACUAAACAAGGAAUGUUUCCAAAAAAGAUCUGUAUGUUCUAAAAUUUACCAAUAAAGAA